ACCAUAUGCACCACUGUUGUGUUGUGAUGUGUGAGGAAAUUUUUAAAAUAAUAAUAAAUUAUUCGAUGUAUUGACAGUGCAUCAUUAGUGUAGUGGAUCAUUAAAGUGCAAUAGUGUUUAUUAUUAUGGCUGUUAUAUUGUUGCUUUUUGUGUGUGUAUUUAGUGGAAUUAUGGCACGACCUUAUGAUAUCAACAAAGAAAAAAGGGCUCUGGUAGCUGGUCAAGAAAUUCAAAAGGAUGCAACAAAACUGGUCGAGCCAGAAUCACGGGAAAACUUAUUAUUGCCAAAAGUGUUUGGCUUGUAUGAUAUCAUUACUGUAUUUCUGGAUACGCGAAAUACAAAAUCAUUAAAUAUAAGUUUGAUUAUGGAUGACGAAGUAAAUUCAGCAGCAUCGGCGCUUUGUAUUAUAAUAAACGAAGAAAAUAUUUCAAUAUUUCAAAACGACUUUAAGAUAACUUCGUCGUAUGCACACAACUUAAGAAACGGUUCUGAAUUUAUAAUUGGAUUUCAAAGAAUAAUAGACAAAUCAAGCCAAGAGGAAACUGGAUUAAAAAUUCAUGAUUUUCACAAGAAUGCAAUUUUUGAAAUGGAGUUGGAAAACAUUAAUAAGUUGAAAUAUAUUCAAUUCACCAGAAGAGCAACAAAAAAAUGAACGAACUUCUGCAACACAAUUGAAUCCUAGGAAUCGACAAUUGCCGCCCUGGCCACAACCACGAUCGCAAACAGAAAAAAUGUUCUUAAUACCUAAAGAACUAAAUCCAGAAGAUGAAGUUUCUAUUCAAGGGACAGUAACAAAUAAUCCUAACAGCCUAACAUUCAAUGUGACUGUUGAAAAUGGUGAUUAUUAUCAAUUGGAAGUAAAUUUCGUUGAGAAUAGAUUGUUUAUAAGGAAAAUGGAAGAAAACUACACUGAAGAUAUUAACGGAAGGCAUGAGAAUAUGCAAGCUACAGAUCUAUUAUCAGGAUUAAAUUUCAAUCUAGGUUUCACAUGCGGGGAAAAAAAUGGCAUUGGAUAUUAUAUACAAUUAAAAUAUGAUGGAUAUCCUUUAGAAGAGUUCGAAAUAAACAACAGUUGUAAUAAAAUCCGAUAUAUAAGCUUAGAUGGUGAUGUCGAAAGAGUGAAUAAAUUAGAAUUUAUGUUCUCAUAAUAAACAAUUUAUAAAGUAUUGUGAUGACAAAUUUACACAAUGCCUAUUUCCAUAAAUUAGAAGUGCAUCUACUCAACAUCACAAAAAAUAUCUCAGACUACUAAAUCUUGACAUGACUUAAUAACAAAGACAGUAACUACUAAACAAAUUUACUUUGGUGCUAUUAGGUAACACAAAAAAUUACUGUCAAAAAAAAAAUAUAUAAAUCUAUAUGAAAAUUGCCUACAAAAUAACUAGCAAGUGGAUAUUUUUGCUCAUGUUUAUUUCUGAUUAGUCUAGUGAGAAAAUAUUAUUCCUUAUUUACAUUAAGAAAAAAGUAUUUAUUGUCUAUUGUUCACACUCUUACUUAUAAAUGCUAAUUAUCUUCAUAACAAUUAAAUAGGAAAAUUAUCUGAUUAAUAUUAUAAAUGUGAAAAUUUGUAAAACAUGUUUUGGUUUUAGAUACUAAUAGUUUGAACAUUAAAAUAUAAGUGUGAUGCUUAUGCUUUAAUGCUCAAACCAUUUGCUUAGUUGAAAACUUGUACACAUAUGAAGUGUAAUUGCAGAUUUAACAUUUUACUGUUAAAUAUGUUAUAAUCAGUCAGUAAUCAAUGUGUACAAUAGCUAUAAACUUAAUUAUCGUCAUAUCCAUAUUUCAGCAUUCAUAGAUACAAAAAAAUUGUUUUCAAUAUUGUGAAUCAUUUUAAAUAAAUAAAUCGAAAAUGUUUAAAUGUAAUAUUUAAACGCAAUGCCUUUUAAAGCAGUCAUGUUAGGAUGAAAGUGAUAAUGAAUGAUAAAAAUGCAUAUUACUAGAUGGAUAGAUAUCCACUAAAUGGCUUUAUAUAAUAAGUAUAAAUUUUUUUACUCACUAAAAAUAAUUGUUAUUGAUUAGCUAGUCAUUAAUUGAUUCUUGAUUCUGUUCAGCAUAUUUAAGUAUUUUCAUCCUUUAAAACACGUCUUAUAUUUUUUAAAAUGUAUUAUUUAGAUUUAAACAUUAGUUCUGUUGUAUUACCACCUUAUUUGACUAUUAUAAGUGUUAUUGUUUUAAACUACAUAUAAAUCCUUUAAAUAAAAUUCUUUAUUUAUUAAGGAAAUAACAAUUAUUCUUUAUUUAGUAAGAUCGAUUCUGAAACAUCUAUAUCUAGGACUAAAAUUUUAAUUUAAUAUUAUGGCAGAAAUAUAAGAAUAAAUAACCUUUAAUAGAAUUAAGUCAAAAAUAUUUUACAUCCAUAAAAUUUAUUUAUUUACUCAUAUUAAACACAGAAUCGAACCCAUUGUUAAUAAUAUCCCACCCUUUGUGUGUAACUAUUAUUAUUUUAAUAAUACUUUAGUAUUAUAUAAGUUUUUGAUCAUAUAAAACCAUAAAUAUGUUAUUAAUUGGGUAGGUAAUCUACAAUGCUUAAAUUUUUAAGCAAUAUAAAAACAGUGAUUGAUACUUGAUAUUUUGACUCUGAAAUGUAUAUAUACUAUUGAAAUCCCUACUAGAUUAGUUUGUAUGAGUAGUUUGUUUACUGAUGAGGUACUUACAAUCAUUACGUUACAUUAUUUAUAGAUUUGUUGUAUCGCUACAAAGCAAACAUCACUAUUCACUGUUUAUGUGUGUGGGAAUGAAUUAGUUGCACCAAUGCAUUUAUUUAUCUGGGAAUGACCCAAGAAGAAUAUGAGUGGAUACAAGUACAUUUACAAUUAUUUUGUUAUUGUUAUUCCUUUAUAGAAAAUCUAACUUACUUGAUACAGAAAUAAAUUAUAUAUUUUAGUACACAAA